AUGGCGCGAACAGUUCUAUCACAAUGCAUACAUUCAAGUCCAAAGGAAAAGAAAACAUAUCUUAAGUACCUACGAGGAAAAAUCUUUUCUUUUGAAAAAAAUCAAUACGUGCAAGAUUUUACUACUACUGAAUCAGGAGAUAAUCCGAGGCGUUUCCCACAAAUCAACUCUAAUUCAAGCCAAGCACUACCAUGUAUCCAUUUUCCUUUAUCAGAAAAUAUUCUAAUUGACAAGACAAUGGCGUUUUUAAGGCAUAAAAAUAGCAUUAAUAAAACCACAAAUAUGCGUGACAUGUAA